AUGCCGUCUGCUGUGAAACCUCCACAGACCCUGUACGACAAGGUCUUUGCGGACCACAUCGUCGAGGAGAAAGACGACGGCACCAUCCUGUUGUAUAUUGACCGACAUCUGGUCCAUGAAGUCACAUCACCUCAAGCAUUCGAAGGCCUCCGGAAUGCCAGCCGCAAGGUCCGCAGACCCGACUGCACUCUAGCUACCGUUGACCACAACAUCCCCACCACCUCUCGAAAGAACCUCACUACCACCGCAAAGUUCAUCGAAGAAGCCGAAUCUCGAACGCAAUGCACCACCCUAGAAGACAACGUAAAGGCGUUCGGCCUCACAUACUUCGGACUCGGGGACAAGCGCCAGGGCAUCGUGCACAUCAUCGGCCCUGAACAAGGCUUCACCCUGCCAGGCACGACGGUGGUUUGCGGCGACAGCCACACUUCUACACAUGGCGCCUUCGGAGCCCUGGCGUUUGGUAUCGGCACCAGCGAAGUGGAACAUGUGCUGGCCACCCAGACCGUCAUCACACGACGGAGCAAGAACAUGAGGGUACAGGUCGACGGAGACCUCCCUGCUGGCGUAAGCAGCAAGGACAUCAUUCUCCAUGUCAUUGGCGUAAUCGGAACUGCUGGUGGCACUGGUGCUGUGAUUGAGUUCUGCGGGUCUGCCAUCCGAGGCCUGAGCAUGGAGGCGCGUAUGUCGAUAUGUAACAUGUCGAUUGAAGCUGGUGCACGAGCUGGCAUGAUUUCUCCCGACGAGACUACCUUCAAUUACCUCAAGGGCAGGCCGCUGGCUCCCAAGCCUGACAGCGCAGAGUGGAAAAAGGCCGUGGCGUACUGGUCUACCCUAAAUUCGGACGCAGACGCAAAGUUCGACAUCGACGUAUUCAUCAACACCAAAGAUAUCGCUCCAACGGUAUCCUGGGGUACAUCUCCGCAAGAUGUCAUUCCGAUCACUGGUGCUGUCCCGGGCCCCGAUGAUUUCCAGGACGAGGACAAGAGGAAAGCUUGUAUUCGAGCUCUGGAAUACAUGGGCCUGACUGCAGGUACCCCCAUGCAAGAGAUCGAAGUCGACAAAGUCUUCAUCGGGUCGUGCACGAACGCUCGCAUUGAGGAUCUCCGUGCUGCUGCCAAGGUCGUGGAGGGAAAGAAGGUUGCUCCCAACCUAAAGAGGGCCAUGAUCGUACCCGGAUCCGGUCUUGUCAAGCGUCAAGCUGAGUCCGAAGGCCUCGAUAAGAUAUUCACAGAAGCCGGUUUCGAGUGGCGGGAAGCUGGCUGCUCAAUGUGCUUAGGCAUGAACCCCGAUAUUCUCUCCCCAGGCGAACGAUGUGCCAGCACAUCAAACCGUAAUUUCGAAGGCCGACAGGGAGCUGGAGGCAGGACACAUCUCAUGUCUCCAGUCAUGGCUGCUGCAGCUGCGAUUGUUGGCAAGCUGGCCGAUGUCAGGAAACUCGCGCCUCCAACGACCACCGCCAAAUCAUCACCCAAGAUCGAGCUCAAUGCUCACGUCGCCGACCUCGAGAGCGACGAUGACCUCGACCGCCUCCUAGACGAGCCAGCUGACCCCCAAUCAACCCCCUCGCCCUUCGCUGCACCCGACGCCUCCAAGGGCGCCAUGGCCAGCUUCACCAUCCUCCGCGGCAUCGCCGCGCCAAUGGACAUCGCCAACAUCGACACCGACGCCAUCAUCCCCAAGCAGUUCCUAAAAACCAUCAAGCGCUCCGGUCUCGGCUCCGCCCUCUUCCACGCCUGGCGCUACGAAGCCGGCACCGACAACGAAAAGCCCGACUUCGUCCUCAACAAGGAGCCCUACCGCAAAUCCAAGAUCCUCGUCUGUACGGGGCCUAACUUUGGCUGCGGCAGCAGCAGAGAACACGCCCCGUGGGCUCUGCUGGACUUUGGCAUCACUUGCGUAAUUGCGCCGAGCUACGGCGAUAUCUUCUUCAACAACACCUUCAAGAACGGCAUGCUGCCCCUCGUCAUCCCGCCCGGUGCGGAACUCGACGCCAUCGCGGCGGAAGCGAAGGCCGGGAAGGAGAUUGAGGUCGACCUCCCCUCGCAGACCAUCCGCGACGCAAACGGCAAGGAGUUGGCGAAGUUUGAGGUUGAGGAGUUCCGGAAACAUUGUCUCAUCAACGGCUUCGAUGAUAUCGGGCUCACGAUGGCGAGCGAGGAAAAGAUCCUCAAGUUCGAGGGCAAGCGCACGCGGGAGUGGCCGUGGCUGGAUGGGAGCGGGUAUCUGGCAAAGCAUGGCCGGGGGCCCGUGAAGGUAGAGGCGGUGCCGGUGCCGAAGACGAAUAGGGGAGAGGUACUGAAGGAGCCGUUGGAGUGGUAGGGGGCGCAUAAUAUGCGGUAGGGAAGGGAAAGGAAUGGAAAAAAUAAGGCUGGGUGGGGUUAGGAUAAUGACUGUGCUAUGAAUCAUGAGGGGAUAUAUGGGAACCUCUCUUUUGGAUUGGGCGGAAUGAUGCCGGUUCUUCUGCUGGCCUACUGCUACUUAUAGCUGCCUCUAAUAUCAACGACUUCAUGAACGGCGAACUGUGUACACCUUUUCCUUACUGUGUACACUCUUUCCUUACUGUGAUGGGAGCAUUGAUGCACUUUCAGGAGGCU